GUUUGGGCUUUGAAUUGUUGAAUUAAAACACUUAAAAAAAUUAAAGAAAUUAUUACAACAAGAGAAAGAGAAGCAAUAAGGAGAUAGAAGAAGAGUGUGGGUGAGAUCAAGUUAACAUUUUCGCAGUGUAAUUUGAUUUGAUUCAUUAGUUCCAUUUCCUCGAUGGAAGUUAUGACUACGGCGGAUGUAACGGCAAGCACAGCUUCAUCGUUAUCCCCUUCUUUGCUACCUUCUAACCUUCCUCUCUUUUCUGCAUUUCUCUCCUUCGCCCUUGCUCAAUUUCUCAAGAUCUUCACCACCUGGUAUAAGGAAAAGAGAUGGGAUUCUAAAAGGUUGCUUGAUUCGGGUGGAAUGCCUUCAUCACAUUCUGCGACUGUGUCAGCUUUGGCUGUGGCUAUAGGUUUCCAAGAAGGGACAGGGUCAUCUGCUUUUGCUAUCGCUGUCAUCUUGGCAUGUAUUGUAAUGUAUGAUGCCUCAGGAGUUAGACUUCAUGCAGGCCGACAAGCAGAAUUGCUUAAUCAAAUUGUGUGUGAACUACCUCCAGAACAUCCUCUAUCCAGUGUCAGACCACUGCGCGAUUCACUUGGUCAUACUCCACUUCAGGUUGUUGCUGGUGGGUUACUAGGGUGCAUUAUAGCAUUUUUAAUGAGGAAAUCAAGUUAAAAAGCCAUGCUAUUUGAAUUAUACUAACUAUCUACCUUGUCACAAAUGGCCAUGCAAAACAAAAUUGUGAGCAUCAUGGAAACGGCAUAAAAGCCUCUGCUUUUGCUGCAAGGAUGCAAGUAAAGAGAUAAGGUAUGUUGAGGGCUCUCCAUGGUGCUGGGAGAUCCUGCGUCCCCAUUUCUGGACAUUCAGACUUCUCCUAUACACAAUAAUGGAUUCGUUUGUUGACUGGCUUAAUUGAUUGUUGAUUAUUAAACAUUAUUUGAGAUAACACUGUCCUUUAUUUGACUUCUCAUUUCCCACAAAUUGUGGGUGACAUUAUAUUCAUCCUUAUAAGUAGAUCAAGGUGUGUUUCCCAAGUUGUUGUUGGCUAGGAUUUGGUAAUACUAGGUGGUAUAUUUUUCAUACUACCCAAAAGUUAUUAAGUGUAUGUUUGGAAAUAUGGUGGCUUAACAAUUUUUGCGUCCCAAUGCAGUCUCAAAUGCUGCGUAUGCUUUAUAAAAAAAAAUGAUGUGUAUGCUUGAA